UCUGAUACAUAUUAAUGUACUUAUGCUGUGUAGAAAGUUUGAACUGUUUCCGACUUUAAUUCUUCAAGUUACGGCAACUUUAAGAAAUGUACGAUGUGCACUAUUGGAUGACAUAAUACGAACUAACUCAAAUUAGUUGACAAAGAAUGUCUCUAGGAUAUCAUCUUUCACGCAACAGUAUUGAAGCACAAAAAGCAAAGACAUGCAUCUAUAUAGACAGAGCCCAACAAACUUCAGACUUUUCCUAUCAGCAGAGUAACCAGGCUCAGAUCAAACACAGGCCCAAUUAGCAAAUUAUUCUUCAAUUAUAGUUGAAAGAAAAUAGAAUCCAUUUUAAUGAAUGGAGUGAGGCAGAUACCUGACUACAUAUAAUGUUACAUCCAGGCAUUCAACCUCUUAUAUAAACAGAUAGUUGAUGCAGUAGUGAUCUACGUGAGAUAAUCACAUUUACAAUCUUCACUGCUCCUUUGUUGUAAAAAUGAAGGUUUUGUUGCUUCUUUCUGCUCUCUUUUGCCUGACAGCUGCUUAUGGGGUAAGAGUGGGUCAGUCCUGCCAUCACUACUCGAGACCUUGUGGAGUGAAGAGGCUACUCAAUGAGGAAACAGCAGCUUGCUUAACUAGCAUUUGCAGAGGGCCUAAUGUCUGCAUUAAAACAAGGACAUACAUGAGACAAUAUUACAGCUAUACCUACCAAAGGGAAUGCCGUACAGUCUACAGCUACUGGUACCGUAGGUACAGGACAUACUGCCGUAUGAGUUGUCAGAAUACAGGGAAUUGUAAUGUAAACAGGACCUCAACAAUCAAAGAGUAUCAUUGCUGCGAUGGUUUUACUACAAGGACCAGCAAACACAACUACCUCAAUUACUGGUACAGGGAAAGUGCAUGGUACUUGAAGAAAUACGGUUGCCCAAGAACCUUGUUUAAUUCAACAUUUGACUGUUUGUCUAAUCUUGGAUUAACACUGUUCAGUCAGCUUCUAAGUGAUAAUCUUAAAAAUAUGCUGGGCAAUUCAACGUCUACCGAUAAAUACACAAUAUUUGGUUCACCAAAUGAGCUUCUCUCCCGUGCAGAGUUCCCACCUAACGAGACGGAGAGGGUUCUCAGAUCACAUAUAAUUAAGAGGAAUAUACAAUCUCCAAUGCUGUACAAUGGAUUAAAGAAAGAGAGUAUUGCUAAAGGUUACUUCAUUCACAUCAGUGCGGGCUACAUUAAUGCAAAUUAUUGGUCAACUAGAAAUGUGGAUUACUUCAUAAAUGGCUUGAGAUUGAUAGCACCUGACGCCUGCAUAGCAAAGAACGGUGUCGUCCAUGUGAUAGAAGGAGUCAUAAAUAGCUCCAACAAGACAAUCGCUGAAGUCGUAUCAGCUACACCUUCAUUCUCAUCCUUGGAAUCCCUACUAGUAAAAGCUAACCUCCUAUCAUCGCUAAACAAUACUCAUGGCUUCCUAAUGACCCUCUUUGCUCCUAACAACACGGCCUUCCAAGUUGGCAGCUCUGAUCUAAAGGUUGACAUCAUUCGCUGUCUGCUCUCCAACAAUAACAGUGCCUCUCUCACCACCUUCCUUAAAUACUUGACGGUAUGCAAUGCGGAGUAUAGCUCGGUUCUGGAAAACAAGACCCAGCUCUUAAGCGAGUACAGAUGUCCUUACACUAGCUGGUAUAGCUACCGCUCCUCAUGUCACAGAAGCUGUAAGGUUAUUCCGAUAAAUGUUAAUGACGAUGGCAUACAAGUUGGUCAAACUGGGAGCCGUAUAAAUAAGCCCGACAUACCAGCUAGUAAUGGCGUCAUACAUCAGCUCAACCUCCCAUUGGUCAACCCUUGCCUCAACCUCACCAGUAUCUGUGCUAACUUUGCUAUUUAGCUAUAGCCCUUUGGUUCAACAUGCAAGCUACUCCUGCUACAUAAAAAGACUAGAUUGAACAAUAAUUUGCUUUUUUGCUGCUGCUUUGCUGCCUUUUGAAUUGUCUUGUAAUUUUAGCCGAAAAAAUAUCAUUUGGUUUAAUGCUA